UAUUGAAGUGAUAAAAUUAUUAAAUGUUGUCAACAGACUGAAUGAUGAAAAUGGGAUAUAUUUAAGGAUUUGUUAAACAUGAAAAUUUUUGUUUAAAAUUUUUUCGAUGCUUUGUCACUAACAUUGAAUUUGUUACAAUUUGUAGAAACAGUGUGUUUAUAAAAAUGAGAGCAUGAUUACAUAAACAUAAAAAUGAACCUCAAGAGAAGAGAAUUUAUUUACCAAGACAAUAUCGAUUUUGUUCUUCUCCGCUCCUCCGGACGUGUCGGUCAUUUGGUUAAGACCUCGGACAAAAACGAUACUCGGUCAAUUUAAUCCGACGCAUAGUUUCGACACGAAUUUAAAACGAAAACAGAUGAAAUUAUGAAAAUUUAAAAGUUGUCGAGUUGCUCGUUUGGUAGCGUGUGUGUGACUACGCGAGAUCUACUGUAGCGCUCCUACCCGAUUCGGGCCUUCGAGGGGCAAUCUUGUUCCUUCCGGCUUGCCAGACUUCCAACACGUGUAUUCGAUUCACUACAUUAUAAGUGUUCCAGGAAGAUGCAGAUUUUUGUGAAGACCCUAACGGGCAAGACAAUCACCCUUGAGGUCGAGCAGUCUGACACAAUUGAAAAUGUCAAAGCCAAGAUCCAAGAUAAGGAGGGUAUCCCACCGGACCAACAGAGGUUGAUUUUCGCCGGGAAGCAGCUCGAAGACGGCAGGACUCUUUCGGACUACAACAUCCAGAAAGAAUCCACGCUACAUUUAGUGCUUCGCCUCAGGGGUGGUGUCAUCGAGCCGACGCUUAGGAUCUUGGCUCAGAAAUACAAUUGCGACAAAAUGAUUUGCCGCAAGUGCUACGCUCGUCUCCACCCGAGGGCGACAAACUGUAGAAAGAAAAAGUGCGGCCAUACCAACAACAUCCGCCCCAAGAAGAAGUUGAAGUAGACGCUACACUCAAAAAAAUUGUUAUUCCAUGUAAUUCCAUAUAUCAGGCCUUUUUUUCUUUUCUUUCUUAUACUUGAAAAAUAAACAGAUACUUUGGUUUCUUAUUUUAUAA